AAUCACAACAAAAAUCAUUUUCAGAAUUUCCUUCUUGCUACUUUCUUUUGGUUUUCUGAUCAUGGCUAGGAGAAGGGUGAAGCUAGCAUACAUAAUCAAUCAAGCCAGAAGGAGAGCAACAUUCAAGAAGAGGAAAAAUGGUUUGUUGAAGAAAAUCGGUGAACUAUGCGUCCUCUGUGGAAUAGAAGCGUGUACAAUAAUCUAUGGUGAAAACGAACAAGAAGCUGAAGUUUGGCCAUCUACCCCGGGAACUAGAAGAGUGUUAGCUAGGUUUAUGAGUUUGCCUGAGCUUGAACGAAGAAAAAACAUGUUGGAUUUGGAGGGCUUUUUGACAAAAAGCAUAGCGAAAACCCAAGAGGCUUGUAGGAAACAAAUGGAGGAAAACAAGAAGAAGGAAAUGUCCAUUCUCAUUAGUCAAUUUAUUCACACUGGUGAAUAUAAUCUUGGUGCCAAUGCCAACUUGAAGGAUCUCAAUGAUCUGACGGAGUUAAUUGAUAACAAUUUGAAGGAUGUAGAACAAAGGAUAGCUUCAAUGGAUCUUGAAGUCGAACAGGAGACUGGAUAUAGAACUGAGCCUAUGAAUGCUGGUGUCCAAGGACUAGAGACCAACAUGAAUCAUGCUGGUGUCCAGGGACUAGAGACCGGCAUGAAUAAUGCUGAUGUCCAAGGACUAGAGACCAACAUAAAUCAUGUUGGUGUCCAGGGACCGGAAACCAGCAUGAAUAAUGCUGGUGUCCAAGGAUCAGAGACCAGCAUGAAUCAUGCUAUGCCGACUCAUGGUGAACAUUGGCCUAUAGAUUUCCCCAUGCUACCAUUUUCUGAUGCUAAUAUGGACACAAAUGGUUUUUGGUCUAUUUAGUUCAUAAAAGCUCCCUUGAAAAGUUAUGUUCUGUUUGGUUUGGUUGAGUUGUUGGUCUUUGUGUUUUCUUUUAAAUUGCUUCUAGUCUUUGUUUUUUAAGUUAUGUUUGUUGUGAGUCAAAAAAUGUUAUGUUUGUGUUCAUCACAGUGUUGAUGAUGAUCAUCAUCAUCAAUAGUGUCUUUGUUAUUGUGAUUUUCUUAAUUUGUGUUUUUUUUAGUAUUA